AUGCGCAGACUUCAUUCUGCAUCGCAGAAGCGGCGAUGGUGCUUCCUGACAGACGCAGGUGGACAACCGUAUCAGAAGCAGGCUUCAGUGACCCCCAAAAUGGUGACCCAAUUCUCCGCGAAGUCAGGGCAUUUCUUACCCUCUGAGGUUGAGUUUCAGGCUGAGGACGAGUUGAUUGACAUAAUCCCAAAUUUUAGAUUGGACGCUUUGUAUAUGAUAAAGGGCGAGUUUGGGCCGUUCCGACCGCAGAUUCCAACAACUGUACCAAUCUGGCUGGCCGUGCUUCUGAAAAAGAGGGGCAAAUGUUCCAUUCAAUUGCCAGAGUGGAUGAGUGUGGACGAGCUGACCAGCGUAAUUGGAAGGGAGCAAGAGUACGCUGCUGAGUUCCAGCCCGUGCACUACCACUACAUUGAAAUUUCCGAGAUUCUGUUUGACUGUGCAUUGAACGACAUCCCGAAUUCCUAUAAGGUACGAGCCUUGGUGGAAGAUCUUCGAGAAGUGAGAUACGGCAAGAUCCAGGAUGGUCUCAAAACGGUUGACAAUCGCCAAAGUGCUGCCAAGCUCAACAACCUGUCAGCAAUGGAGGUGAACAUGAUCCGGCCCUUCUUCACGCAAGCACUGGCGAAGUUCUAUCGGCUCGGGGAGCGCGACGUUGAGCCACAAUCUCAAGCCUCGCAAAGGCCUGGGGCCGCGGGGACGGGGCCUGCGCCUCAACAGAGGGUACUUCGACGACCGCGGUAGUCAGAAGAAUAUGGGUUUGUUCUUUUGAUCAGAACCAUAUGCCGCUGCAUGAGGUAAAAUUGACGACCGCAAUGGGUGGUUGAGAGCUUUGGAUGUCAAGUUCGUGGUUCAAUCGGGUUCGUAUCAUGCAAAGGAUUGACUUUAUUGGCGACUACAACAAAGCUUGUGGAGGCGCGUACUCAAACAGUCAUGUCAACGCUCAUUUUAAUGUACAGUAAGAUCGAGAUGGUCUUAGGAACCCGCAAGCGAGUCAAGUCUUCUUUCUGGAGUUCUGAUUGCAUCCAUUCAAAUCCGACCGAAUGUACAAUCAGGACUCGAGUCAAUAUAGUAUUACUGGCCUUAGAAAAAACAAACUACUUGCUGAGUUCAAUGAUCGCCAUGCGUGGAGUUGAAAAGAUGAAUUCUCAAUCCAAGCCAAAUUCAACCAGCAAGUAGCAAGUUUAGUAGGUGCCUUCGACGGGUUUGAUUCUUCUGAAUUCCGUUCUAGGCAUUGUUACAGCUCAACACAAUGCCACA